AUGGCCGCCGCGAUUUUGCGCAUCCGUGGAUUGCCUUACUCAGCCACGGCGGACGAUGUUAUCGAUUUCUUUAAAGGUCCUAACGGCCGUUCAAACGGCGAGGCCUUUGUGGAAUUGGAAAAUGAGAGUGACAUAGAAGCUGCAAUGGCUCACCAUAAAGAACACAUGGGGAGGCGUUAUAUUGAAGUUUUUCGCUCUGACGAAACGGAGAUGAAGCGAGCCAUGGGCUGGCAACCAGACCGCAACCGAAAAGAGUUCUUUGCCCGCCUGCGGGGUCUCCCUUAUGAUACCGAAAAGCGAGACAUAUUUAGCUUUUUUAGCGAUCUGACAAUAGCUCCUGACGGGAUCGGGCUUUUGGUGGACCACUUGGGCCGUUGCACGGGGGAUGCCUAUGUCCAAUUCACCUCGGCGGAAAUGCUAGCACGGGCAAAGGAGAAGCACUUGGAGAAGAUAGGGCGAAGGUACAUUGAAAUAUUCGAUGCCACUGGAAUGGAAGCGAAAGAACGUAGUGGUGUUGGUCCAAUGAUGCGACAUGGACGUGACCGUGGAUAUUACGGUAGUCCACCCCCGCCUGGUCCUCCGGGUCCGCCUUUUCGCGGAGGCUAUGGCGGGGGCAGUGUAGACGGUUACGGUUAUGGUGGUCCCCGGGGCGGUACACGACCGGGUCCCUACUCCAGACCCUACUACUACGACCAGCGACCUCCCAGUCCACGUGGUGGUUAUGGCCCUCCUCCGGUGGACAAUCAGUAUAGCGGUUGCCCCUAUGGUAGCCCACGUGGAGGUGGAGGUGUUCACCUGGUCCACAUGCGGGGUUUACCUUUCCAAGUGACGACCGAUGAGAUCGCCGCCUUUUUCACUCCCGUCCAACCCAUUAACAUAAACAUCCACUACAACGCUCAAGGACGACCAACUGGCGAAGCAGAUGCAGAGUUUGCCACGCACGAUGAAGCCAAAGAAGCAAUGAAGAAGGACAGAGAGAGAAUCGGCACGAGGUACAUUGAACUAUUCCUUGAAUCGGUACCUCGUGGCAUGCCUCCGUCGCCUGGUUAUGGCGGUGGUGGUGGCUCCUGGAACUACGGUCCACCGUUCUACGGCGGCGGUGGCGGUGCCCCUCCAACUCCUGGCGGGGGUGCAAGCGGAUCGCAGGGUUCCGUUGGUCGGUACAAUGGCGGCGGCCGAGGGCCACCGGCCCAGCGGGGUUAUUACGAUUCACCCGGUGAAGGUGGUUACUACGGUGGCAGCAGCGGUGAUUACAGCUACGUCCCGCCUUCUGACGACCGCUACGGAGGUAGUGACGGUCGAAGAGACAGUGGCUACGGUGCGCCGCAGCAGGCGCCGCCUCCCAGUGGUCAAGACAGGCGAAAGGGAGAUGUAUCCGAUGACGGCUACGACAACUACGAGGCUAUGAGAGAAUCUGAAAAUUAUUACUGGUGA